AUGAACUUCACGCCAAGCACAUACAAGUCUUCUGUCUCUCAAAACCACAACAAUCUUUUGUCUUUGUCUCUGUAUAAUUCUGGUACUACUCUUUUUAAUCAAGACGACUCAGGUUCUUCAAGUCUUUCAACACCAGACAUGAACACAUCUUCCCCUCUUUUGGAUACCUUUGGAUUAUCUCAAGAUCCUUUUCUAGAUACCCCGCAGCAUAAUAACAAUCAGCCUCAACUUCCACUGGCAGGUUCCUCGUCCUGGAACAUGAUACAACCACUUGCACGAACUCAAAGUGGAUAUAUGCACUCGUUGGACCAAAUUCAAAGCCUUCUCAAAGAUAACGAGCGCCUUUGCCAAGAGAAUCUUAUGUUAGCUGUAGGUAAAGCAGCCAUCGAAGAGGCACUUCAAAAGCUCGUAUGCACUUUGAACUCACAGGGUUGUGAACCUGUUACUCCACAGGCUCCCCCCAUUGACCACUCAAAGCUUCAAUUCUUCACAUCAAUGCAAUUCAACACAUGGCUCAGAUGUGCGGAUGCUAAUAUGAAAGAAUGCGGAUCAUUACCUUUUUUAGAGGAUGUGAAUGGCCAAUCUCUCUCACGUGUGAAGAAGGCUGCAAUCUGUCAGAGUAUGUGCGAGCUAUGGCAAGGUUUCAAGAUCAAAAACCAAGCACCUUUGAAGUGGAAGAAAGGUGAUCCGGCACUCCAGGAACUGUUUCAACAGGAAAUGGUGACCAAGCAUCCCGAACUGGGUCUAUGUAUGGACAACUGGAAGAUCAACUACAUCGCAACCGAGCAAUACCCAUCAUGGGCAAGCACGCACCUCAAAGAUCAAAAGCAGCAGUCAAACCCAAGGUUGUCAAAUGAGAAGCUUGUAAAAAAGCGCCCACUUACAUUGUUCUCUACUAGUAGUAUUGAGGACUCGAGUGACGAGCUCACCGACUCUCCACUGCUUUCCAAGAAGCCAAAGUUGGGUCACAACAAUCUUGAGACCCCCAUUUCCUUAACACCCUCAAGUCCCAAGAUUGCACCCGAGUCUGACCAACAUGAAAGCCCUCGUGAUGUAAAUGUCAUCAGCACCAGUACACCAUCAGUUAUUCAUACAGACUCUUCCACAACAAACGAGGCUGAUUUGUCUCUUGAUGCAAAGAGCGCUACCAUUUCAACAUUUCCAUCUAUUAGUGAUGUGCUCAACGGUAAAUCCGCUGUUCGUCCUCUCCCUCGCAUGAUACCCUCUGCUAUGACUACCACCCCCCUGGUCGUGAACUCUCCUUCAUCAUUAUUGGUGAACGUGGGUCAUAACAGUGCCCCAUCUCCCACUGAAUCCAAACUCGGGCCAUCCAAUGUUACCCCGCCAAUAAUAUCAGCUUCUGACAGUGCCGUUCUGAGUCCAACACCAUCAGCAUCGACAACAAAUGCGAAAUGCAUGCGACCUGACCCAAACAAGAACGGACGCACCCUUUGCGUGCACCGCUGGUUAAAUGGAGUUGCAAAGGAUGGGACAACAGCCGAUUUCAAGAUCUAUUGGACUGCCUUGCUGAAGGACACAAAAAAGAAAUACAAGCUUGAAGCUGCUCAACUGGUUGCAUCGGGUGUCUGGCACGCAAACACAGCUGAUGUUGUCCUCAAUGUAUUGAGCGGAACAGUCUACUAG